UAAUUAAGAAGGACUGGACUAAGCGAAAAUUAUACUUUAGGAGUCCUUCAAAAUCCGUUCCUGAUAUGAUCCACGACAUGGAAAUCUUCGAAGAUGAUGUUUGGAUUGUGACCAAUCCCAAAUGUGGCACCACUUGGAUGCAGGAACUCGUUUGGCUUCUGAUGAAUGAUUGCGAUUUCGAGGCGGCGUUGGCCAAGGACUUAGAGUUACGAUCACCUUUUCUAGAAUUUGAUUUUAUAGAAUACGGUGAUGAGAAAAGGGCCUUACAACGAGUUGAAGAGCUUCCAUCUCCUCGUGUUAUAAAAUCCCAUUUGCCUCUGGCUUUGUUGCCAGCUCAGUUGUGGCAGUAGAAAGCUAAAGUGGUUUAUGUCUUUCGGAAUCUAAAGGAUUCCUGGGUAUCUUUUUAUUAUCACUUUGUUACUAUUGGCGUACACUAUGGCAAAACCUUGCACCAGUUUUUUGAUGAAUAUCUAGAGAAGCAAGCUCCAAUAAAAGAUCCUGUCCUUCAUGCCAUCGAGUUUUAUCAGCUACGCAACGAGCCCUGGAUAUAUUAUACUAGCUUUGAGCAAAUGAAAAGCAAUUUACGGGGAGUUAUUGACGACCUAUGCAAGUUUCUGAAUAAGUCAAUAACGGACCAGCAAAUGGAACGACUCUUGAAACACCUCUCCUUUGAAGAAAUGAAAAAAAAUCCCACUACGAAUCAUUUGUGGGAGCUAAAUCAAAACCAGCACGCUAACAGCGGCAAAGAAGUCUACAAUUUCAUACGCAGUGGCAAAGUAAAUGGAUAUAAAGAAGAGCUAACACCCGAAGAGAAUGAGAAAGCGGAUCUUUUCAUAUCGCAAAGACUGCAGGAGAAUCAUGUUACUCUCGAAGAACUCUUGCUUCUGGAUAAACCAUAAUCAAAUAUGUUCUUAAAAAUAAAAUUAGUUUUCAAAUUGUU